AUGAAACGCUCCAUCGACCAGACAGAAGGCGCCGGCGAUACUGGAAAUCUUCCAGCUAAGAGAGCUGCCACUUCCACCAAGCAGGCUGCCGCUUCAACUAAGAAAGCUUCCGCUUCAAAGAAAAAUACCUCCAGUGGAAAAACAGGGGCAGCAGCAGUGCCAACUUCAGAAUCUUUGGCUGCUCCCAACGGAAAAUGUCACAGCAUACCACUAGGCCCCAAUGGAGAACUUUUUAUUCCACGAAUCUUGCCUGAAGAAUGCUUCAAAGCCAUCGAUAAGAUGCUUCUACCACCGCGAUGGGUAUCUGGAAUUGAUGCUACGCCAGAUCGCGAACUUACUCUUUCAGACAGGAAAUGGUGGGAGGAGAACUCUCUGUGGCUUGAAGCAAAUAAAAAAUCCAUUGGCCUAAAAGACAAGCACUGGAAGAUGAGAGACGAGGCUUAUGCGAAAGGCCAACCUCUCUCAGAGAACGACGCAAAUCUCCAAGAUGAGUUCAUCUGCAUUCAUCCGAUAGAAGAACAGAAAGACUCGGAUGACGAAGACGAAGAAGAUGAGGACGAAGAUAAUAAUGCGAAAAAUAGAGACAAGGAGAAGGAAGCUAAAGAUAAAUGGGAGGCCAUGCACAAAAUAGUGGGAAAAUUUGCUUCUUUACACCCAGAUCACAAAUGGGUUUCAUCUCUGCGUGGUUACGAGCGCAAACAAUGGUGGCUUCAGGAGAUACUCAAGCGAGACCAGGACGACUACUCUCUCCACAUCUAUAAUGACUUCAGCUGGUAUGGAACCAUCGAAGUACUAGAGAACUUAUUUACAAACUUCGAAAAGGUUAUCAAGCGCAAAUCCCAUACGCCGUUGCAGCUAUGGCAAGAGCUUGAAGGGCUUGCAUUAGUUCUCAGCAGCGGCUUAGUCCAUAUGGAGAUGUGCGAUGACGCUGAUCGAGUUGGUCGGAUCUUAGAGUUGUUUGGAUUCAUGACAGCUGCCGUCAUCGACUCGCUUCGGAAAAACGAUCUCUUUACUAAGGAUUCGAAAAUUCCCAACAUUUCAAUCAUGCUGGCUCUUCUCAUAAAGUAUGCAUGGAACAUAGGCUCCGAUUUCGACGGCUGGGAGGAUGAGAUCUCCUGGGUCUUUCACGUCGUUCAAGAGGCCGAGACCGCAGAUAUUACCUUAGGUGGGCCAUCUGGAUUUGAUGAGGUCUUGACGGAAAUCAAGGACAAAGCUUCAGAGCAGACGGCAGCAUCGCGCUCCAAAUGGACAAAGAGCACAUUUAUUAAGAAGUUUGGAUCUUACGGCUCGCGAGGUGGUGACCAAUAUGUCAUUGCGAAAAUGCCUGCUUCGGAAUGGUUGCACUAA